AUGGCUAUUACAUUACUAGCAGUAGCUGCAACUCUUGUGCAUAUCGUUGCAGCAAGUUCAACACCUGGCGCAAUGGUUUUCAAAAGUGUCAAGCAAGCUAAGCUCGAGUGUAGAGCUUACCUCAAGAAAACAGAUCACUGUAAUGAUCUGUGUGAGUUGACAGUUCUUCGAUCGUGGGAUAAAUGUUCUGGAUUGAUCGGAGUUCCAUUCGCUCAGCAUUAUCAACCGAACGUUAGUAAUGUAAUUAACUACUAUGACCGAACUUCGGAAUGUAUUUCGUCAGCAUCCAAGACAAGCGAGGGAUGUCACCAAGCGACUGUUGAAAGUAAUUGUUUCAAGAAACAUUAUGGAAGUCCUGUUGGAAGUUCACAGCUAGCAUCCCUGACCGAUCUGCAGCUUCAAAGCGUUCUUGAGUCCUGUGCCAGUAUGCUAGGAAUGACGCCUACCGCUGUUAUGCUCUCUAGGCUCUACGAUUUCAAUUUGGACCAUAACUCCCGCUGCCUUAUGCGUUGCAUUCUUAUUCGUGAAGGAUUGUACAGUGAUAUCUGUGGACCGGAUUUGGAUCGUGUGUACGUGCAAUGUGGAGGAUACGAUCAACCAUUGCAAGACUUCAAAGCUGAUGCCCAGAAGUGUGUGGAUAACCUUCGAUCUCAAUGCAUGGACAAAUGUAUGCUAGCAGCUAAAAUAGCCAGCGAAUUCGCCCAGGAUGAGGAAUUCAAACUGCCAAAUGGAAGGUUCAAGGUGCACCAGCUGACCAACGAGAACGGCCACAGACUAAUAUAUUUCAGCGCCUCCAAACGAAUGGCCGUACGUAGCUACUUCGCCGGCGUUGCAAACGAAGUAGAGCUACUCCCAACGAUGAGCCAUUCGCCAACUGAACAGCAACAAAUUGGCUGGGAAGGACGGCAACGCAGCUGA